AUGAGCGGAACUCCUCUAGUUCUGCGCCCAAAAAGUGCAGGGUUUGAGGCCGGUCAUUUGCCUUACGAGUACAUACCACUCGGCGCUGGGCAGAUACGACUGCUGCGCCUCAACGCCGGCCAAGAAGGGGAUCAGCUCAAUGGCGAGCUCGUUGUCAAAAGCUUGGAAGAGCUUCCUCCGCGACAAAAAGCAGGCACUGCAGCUCAAACAGAUCCGAUAGACCCAGAGAAAUACGUUUGCUUUGACGCGAUCUCCUAUGUUUGGGGCCAGUCAACCUUCACAGACACCUUCUUCACCCCCCAGGGUUCCAUCCCCAUAACAGCAUCACUCGCUUCUAUUCUACGCCGACUUCGCGACGAGAAAACUUCCCACCUUUACUGGGCUGAUGGUCUUUGCGUCAACCAGUCAGAUCUGACCGAGAAGGAAGUUCAAGUGUCUCUCAUGGGCAUCAUUUACAGCUCUGCCAUAAAGGUUCUGUGCGAUAUUGGCGAAGAAACAGAGAACUUUACACUUAUACUCGAUGCCAUGGAGCGCUAUUGGAAACGAAACAUCCGUCGUGGACUUAUGUUGGGUCAGGGGACCUACCUUGUGCUCUCCGGAGAGUCAGCCGCAAAGCUCUUGGGUAUCCCAUACCCGACAGAUGAGGAGGCAGAUGCCAUUGAGGAUGUUGAAGGAAGCGAAUGGCCUGCGAGGUAUCUUGAAUUCAUCUCCGCGCCAUGGUUUCACCGCCUUUGGGUCGUGCAAGAGUUUGUCCUUGGACGGGAUGUAAUCAUGAUCGUUGGGCGUCGACACAUCCCUUGGGGGCAGCUCUGGGCAGGUACUUUAUGGUAUAGCGGAGUUAAAUGGCCGUGGGACCAAGCCGAGUACACCAACGAGGACAUAGUAGGCACUUUCACAUCAUACAACUCGAUGUGUUUUGUUCGUAUGACUCGACUCAUUGAUCUCAACACGUUACAUGGCCGUGAGUUAAACGGCAUUGCCAAACUACUCCCUGAUGGAACCGAUAUGAAUCAGGUAAAAUUGCCGUGGAACAUGGUGGCCUUUUCCUCCCACGACUGCAGUGUGCCUCGGGAUCGUUAUUUUGGUAUUCUCGGUAUGAUCGACGAGGACGACAAGGAGAAAGCACUCAGUCUUCGGCCUGAUUAUACUUGCCCGAUGAGGGACAUAACAAUGCGAUUCUGGAAAUAUGCAUUACAGACCGAUUCAGGAGGAGAUCUCCUGCUUUGCGCUGGUCUACCUGGUCGUGCCGAAGAAUACCCUUCUUGGAUACGAGAUCUUUCUGCACCAAAAUCAAUGAAGCAUGUUUGGCACGGACGUCCCACAAGUACUGCAUGGCAUGCAGCAGGGGGGCUAACAAACACGUGGUCUAUACGCUUCAGCAAAGAUGAUAGCGAUCAGUGUUUUGUUCAAGGGCAUCAUAUCGACGAUAUUACAGAAAAGUCGCCCGAGGGGGCUACUGAUCCGUUCAACUAUGCUGCACUGGCUCUCUGGAUUCAAGAAGCUUUCGACUUCUUCACCGGGCCUGAAUCGUCGGUCGAUGACUUGGAUACACUAUAUCCUCUAACUUCUGAUCCUGUACAUGAAGCGGUUCUGAAGGUGAUGUUGGAUUACAAUAAACAAGACACCAUGAGCCCUGAUGACGAAGAGUUCAAGGCAUUGUUGCGUGUGGGAAUGUCUUUGCCUUGCGUCGCCUUCUCCACAGAUGAUGAGCCAAAAACGACGAGCGAAGAGGCGGCUGAAACAGAGGUCGGCGUGGUAGAGUCCAUUCAGAGGAGGAUUAUUUCUGGAUUCCAAGAUGAAAUAUCCACUUUGCAGGGACUACUCUUUCGCAUACACAAGGUAAGGGGAUUGGGCUUUUAUAAAACCAAGAAGGGUCUAUUUGCUAUGCUGCCAAAGUUCGCUCGCCCCGGAGACUCUAUUUGGAUUAUCAGGGGAUGCUAUUUACCUGUUGCACUACGGCCAAGUGUAUCGCAUGUCAAUUCAUAUGAGCUUGUUGGAGGUGGCUAUGUGUAUGGAGUUAUGAGCGGGGAGAUGCUGGAAAGACCUGGCUUUGAGUGGCAAGAAGUCUCCCUCAGAUGA